UUCCCCAUCUCCUUCUCCUCCAACUUGAAAUAUUCAAUAUCAUUUUUUGUCAAAAAUGGUUCGUCCAAUGCCAAGAAUUAAUGGUGAAAAUUUAUGUAUUUCCAUGCCAUUAACAAUUGGUUUAUUUCUUUCAAUAUUAGCUCUUGUAACACUAUGUGCUAAACAUGGAAGAAAAUCUUCAACAAAAUCCAUGUCUACUGAAAAAACCAAAACUAAUGAAUCCAAAAUAGUUCCAAAGUUGUCAUCACUGCGAAUUCCUAACAAGAACAAUAAUAGUUCCGGCGAAGAAUCCGACGGAGACGUGGCCGGAGAAGUGGUCGGAGAAGUUGGCCAUGGGUUGUGGCAAAAGGCAAUAAUGAUGGGUGAAAAAUGCCAGCCACCGGAAUUUUCAGGUGUAAUAUACUAUGAUCCUUUUGGAAAUAGGGUUUCUGAACUUCCAAGAUCACCAAGAGCCAGUCCUAUGCCAAGAUACGCUUCCGAACGCCAAUACGGUUAACCAAAAUGUUAAUUAAUCGAUUACGAUAAAUUGGAUCAGAUUUUGCUGUUUUUUUUUCCUGUAGUACCUCCACGUGUAGGUUUCAGCUACCGAAUACCUAAAAAAACUUGUUGAUUAGCUUUAUUUGUAGAAAAUUUUGAUUUCUCUAUAGUGCGCUUUUUUUUUUGGUGUUUUAUUGGCAUGAUGUUCAACCUUUUUGAAUUACAAAAUGUAUGUUGCGCCUAUGAGUUAUUGUAUUUUUGGACCAUGUAGUAUAUAUACUUAGUGUAUUUGGA